UCCAGUUGUUUGACAUCAUCAAACCAGGUAUUGUCAGUUGGAAUAAAGUUCACAAAAUGUUCAGUAAACUGAAGUUUUUCAUGGAGAAAGUUGAAAACUGUAAUUAUGCCGUGAAGCUAGGUAAGGAACUCAAGUUUUCGCUGGUGGGAAUUGAUGGAAAUGACAUUUCUGAGGGAAAUCCUACUUUGACACUUGCCCUUGUGUGGCAGUUGAUGAGGGCUUAUACACUUGGCAUGCUUACACGUCUAGCAGGAACAGGCAGCCCUCUUAUAGAAACUCAGAUCGUGGAUUGGGUAAACAAAAAGUUAAGGGAAGCUGGGAAACCUACCAGUAUCAAAAGUUUUCAUGAUGCAACCAUAUCAAAUGCUAAACCCAUUAUCGACCUAGUUGACGCUACUAAGCCAGGCUCGAUCAACUAUGGUACAGUGUUGCCUGGUAGUAAUGAUGAAGAGUGCAUGGCCAAUGCUAAGUAUGCAAUCUCUGUUGCUCGGAAGAUCGGUGCUUGUAUUUACGCCCUACCAGAAGACAUUGUAGAAGUCAAGUCAAAGAUGGUAAUGACAGUGUUUGCCUGUCUUAUGAGCCGUGACUACAUUCCAAAUAUGGGAGCAGGAAACCAAAAACCUGGAUGAAUGAUAGAGAAAAGGAGUUUUAUGUAAUAUUUACAGAAUAUAUAUAUAUGUACAUCCAAAAGCUAUUAUUACUCAUAAUUGAAUUUACAAUAAUUAAAUUUUUGUAUAGGUGUUCAGUGAUGAAGGUAAGAUUAGUUAUGGAAGUGUUAGCGAAAUCAAUCUAAUCAUGUCAGAAUGUUGUCAAUGUAAGGAAACAUUACAAUAAUGUACAUUAUUAGGGCAAUAACAAAAUAAUGUAUGUAUUAUUCAUUACAUGAUUAAAACAGUCAUUAUUUAAUUUGUAUUAUUUUUGUUAGAUGUACCUACGCACGGAGAUCUAGUCUAAUAUACUUUUGAUAAAGCAGUCGCAUUUAAAAGAAAAAUUUAUAUUUUUUCCCAAAUUUUAUGUUAUUAAUCUCGUAGUUGUUCAAUACUCUUUACUAAUGUAGUAAGUCUUAUUUCCAUUGAUGUUUACUUUUAAUGUGAUUCUUUAAACACGUUUUAAAAUGUAUUUUGUCCGUGUGAAAGUAAAAAUAUGUAAUUAUUUUCAAUUAAUUAGUUUGUUAUCCCUAAUUAGUUUGUUAUCCCCGUUGAGUUAGAACUGUUGGUGAUACUUGAAAUAUUGUAAAGGUAUUUAAAAAACAUAUGUUCAAUCAAAUGCUUUCGUAAGAUCCUUUUCUCCAUUCAGUGGUAAAUUAAAAUGUGAAAUAUAUGGCCUUCAGUGAGCAUCGCCUCUGACUACAUGUGAAAUAUGUGGCCUUCAGUGAGCAUCGCCUCUGACUACAUGUGAAAUAUGUGGCCUUCAGUGAGCAUCGCCUCUGACUACAUGUGAAAUAUGUUGCCUUCAGUGAGCAUCGCCUCUGACUACAUGUAAUAUAUGUGGUCUUCGGUGAGCAUCGCCUCUGACUACAUGUGAAAUAUGUGGUCUUCAGUGAGCAUCGCCUCCGACUACAUGUGAAAUAUGUGGUCUUCAGUGAGCAUCGCCUCCGACUACAUGUGAAAUAUAUGGCCUUCAGUGAGCAUCGCCUCUGACUACAUGACGAAAUAUAUGGCCUUCAGUGAGCAUCGCCUCUGACUACAUGUAAUAUAUGUGGUCUUCGGUGAGC